GGCGCCCGGAGCCGCCACAGAUCAGAAGGAAGAGUCGGAGCAGGGAGCAUGAGUGAAGAAAAGGAGGAUUAAAUGGAGAUUUCUAAACGGAGGACUUGUGUUGGGACUGUGGUGAUAGCCCUGCUGCUCCCUAUUUCAGGCAUUUGGUGCUUCACUGAGCUAUUUUUCAUGAGGGAACCCCAUGACAUCACUGCUCUGCGGAAAGACCCUGUAGUUCUUGACUGCCAAGCUCAUGGAGAACUUCCAAUUACCAUUGUGUGGCUAAAAAAUGGACAGAGGUUGGCGGAUACUGAGCGGACAUACAUUUUAUCAAAUGGAUCGCUUUAUAUCACUGAGGUUGAACAUCGCAGAGGGGACCGUUCGGAUGAAGGCUACUAUGAAUGUUUAGCUCGGAAUAAGUAUGGAGCCAUUCUGAGUCAGAAAUCCCACCUCACCGUGGCCAGCAUGUCUCCGUUUGAGGUUCAGCCGGUGCCCACGGUCGUGAGAGAAGGAGAAGUGGCACGUUUUAUCUGUAAGAUUCAUGCAAAUCCACCACCAAUCAUAACCUGGGAAUUCAACCGGACAACACUACCCCUCGCUACCGACAGGAUAACCGUGCUGCCGACAGGAGUCCUUCAGAUCUAUGGUGUUGAUAAACAACACACUGGGCAGUAUCGUUGUGUGGCGACCAACAUCGCAAAUAGGCGGAGAAGUGCGGAAGCCAUUUUAACUGUUAUUCCAGCAUGGGAGCCAAAGACAUUGCAGAAACCAGUGAUAAUUGCAGGUCCCCAAAAUAUCACUGUGCCCGUACAUCAAACAGCAAUGCUGGAAUGUGUUGCCAUUGGUUCGCCCAAGCCCCUCGUGUCCUGGAGUCGUUUUGAUCACAGGUCUAUUGAUGUCUUCAAUACUCGUGUUCUGGGGAACGGGAAUCUGAUGAUAUCGGAUGUGAAGGUUCAACAUGCUGGAAUAUAUGUGUGUCGGGCCACCACACCAGGCACACGCAACUACACUGUUGCAACAGCUAUGCUUACAGUGCUGGCACCACCUUCCUUUGUCGAGUGGCCCGAGAGUCUGACACGCCCGCGUGCUGGUACAGCCAGGUUUAUGUGUCAGGCGGAAGGUAUUCCUACACCAAAAAUUAGUUGGCUGAAGAACGGACAACGGAUUCAUUCCAAUGGACGUAUCAAAGUCCAGUAUAGCAGCAAAUUGGUGAUAAACCAGAUCAUUCCUGAAGAUGAUGCCAUUUACCAGUGUGUGGCUGAAAAUGAACAAGGAUCGGUUCUUUCAGUGGCCAGAUUGAUUGUUAUAAUGUCUGAAGACAGACCAAGUGCACCUCGAAACAUCCAGGCUGAAACUGUGUCGAGUUCAGGGAUUCUUCUGUCUUGGCAAAGGCCCAUGUACAAUUCCGAUAAAGUAAUUGCAUACUCUGUCCAUUACAUGAAAGCUGAAGGUUUAAAUAAUGAGGAAUAUCAAGUGGUUAUUGGGAAUGAUACAACUCGUUACAUUAUUGAUGAUUUAGAACCAGCCAGCAACUACACAUUCUAUAUUGUUGCCUACAUGCCCAUGGGAGCCAGUCGAAUGUCAGAACAUGUGACUCAGCACACCUUGGAAGAUGUCCCUCUAAGAGUGCCAGAAAUCAGUUUGACCAGUCGUAGCCCAACCGACAUCCUGAUCUCGUGGCUUCCCAUUCCAGCCAAGUUCAGGAGAGGUCGUAUUGUUGCCUAUCGCAUUCACUAUCGUAAAAGCACAGAGCGCGCUGUCCACUUGGUGGAACUUCCAGGAGUCAUAUCGGACCACCUGCUUGAAGACGUCGAACCUGACAGCACUUACCUUGUACGAAUCUCUGCAGCAACCAAGAUCGGCUGGGGAGAAUCUUCAAUCUGGACAUCCCACAGAACCCCAAAAGCUACCAGUGUCAAAGUUCCCUUGGCCCCAGAACUGCGUUUAGAGCCAUUCAACUGCACGACUAUUACGGUAAAGUGGAAGCAAGCGGAGGAAAACGACGUGCAGAUCCAGGGGUACAGACUCUUCUACAGGGAGGAGAGCCAGCAGGAAACGGGGCCGAUCACACUUGGCAUGCAGAAUUCCCACUACACCAUCAGUGGGCUCGACCCUCGAAGGAAAUAUCACAUACGUUUAUUGGCAUAUAAUUCUAUGGGUGAAGGCUACCAGGCAGACCAGACAGUGAGCACCCCAGGAUGUGUGUCUGUUCGAGAUCGCAUGGUGCCUCCACCACCCCCUCCUCAUCACUUGUACGCGAAAGCCAAUAGUUCAUCUUCUAUUUCCUUACAAUGGGGGAAGCCGGCUUUCACUGCAGCACCAGUGAUCAACUAUACUGUCCGCUGUAACCCUGUGGGGCUGCAGAAUGCUUCACUUGUCAUGUACCUUCAAACUUCUGAGACGCACAUGCUCGUGAUUGGUCUGCAACCCUUCACUAAGUACGAGUUUGCAGUGCGGCUUCAUGCAGACCAGCUCUCCAGCCCCUGGAGCCCAGUGGUUUAUCAGCUGACCUUGCCCGAAGCUCCAACCAAUCCCCCUUCAGGAGUCAAAGCCACGUUGAUAGAAGAAGGAACUGCUCUCAUUUCUUGGAAGCCCCCAGAAAACACCAAUACCGCUGUCACUCAGUACACCAUCCUGUAUGCUUCGAGGAAGGCUUGGAUUGGUGGCGAGUGGCAAGUGCUCCAUCGGGAAGGAUCAAUUACUAUGACUUUGUUGGAAAACCUUGAUCCGGGAAAUGUAUACCUCAUUCAAAUAUCUGCAACAAAUGAAGUAGGAGAGGGACCCUUUUCCAACAUUGUCGAACUGGUGAUCCCUGCUACAGAGACUGUAUACUUCAGUCAAGGGCCAAAGUGGUCUGACUCUCUCAGCAGUGCAGAUGCCAAAGGUAACUCUGAUGUGUUUUACCACCUGGACCAAAAAUCAAUGACUGGGAUUAUCGUUGGAGUUUGCAUUGCCCUGACUUGUAUUAUCAUCUGCAUCCUGAUCCUCCUUUAUAGAAGCAAAGCAAGGAAAUCCAGUGCUGUCAAAGCUGAGCAACAAGGGAAUGUUCAGUUAGCACAUGUGACGAGCCCACUGGUCAAUGGGAACCAUCUUGCCAAGAGUAAGGAUGAACAGUGGGAAAAUAUGGAAACCUUAAUGCCAAUGAUGCCUGAAAAUGCUUUCUUGGACACCAAGGGUGGAUCUGAUCUGAUCGUUAGCAACUCUGGUCACAGAAAAGAAAAGUCCAAAAAAUGCUUUUUGUUUGGAAGAAAAAAGAGAUCAACAAAUACAUUCAAGGAGGAGCAGCAGCCAGUGAGAAGAAACGGGUUUGGCGUGAGCCCCUACCAGUUGACUGAGCUGAGCCGUGAGGAAUCGGGAGACUCGGUGCUGAUUCCCCCCACAUCAUUGCCAGCUGUGUUUACCGCCAUGGGAGAUACCGAAUAUUCUCACAACAGUGAUGGAAGCCACGAAACUGGAGAUUCGGGCAGGUAUUCGCAUGAUUCCAGGGAGGAGAUGGAAAUGCUGCACCUUUCUUCUGUCACGUGUGAUCCACCUGCCUUCUUGGGAUCGUCUGUCCAGGGGGAAACUGCCAGCAUUCCUGUCCAGCCUACCUCCGGGGAAGAUCAACGUGUGUUGGUUGUUUCUCAUUCCACUACCUCUGACCUACUGGCGUUGCCUCGACCAAGCCACAUGUCUUCAAAACCAACAAGUGAAAACAUCAACAACCAAUUUCCAAUUUAAGCAACCAGAUCCAGUUUCACAAUAAUUUAUCUGUACAAUGGACAAAUGUGCAGUAAGCCAAAGAACACUCUGGAAAGAAAGUCUGGGUCAUUUUUUUUUUUAGUCACUCCAGGUUCUUACACACUUGGUUUAUGAAUGUUACAUAUUUUUUAUUUUAACCGCCAUGAAUGUCUAUGUCAAAAAAAUGUGAAAAGGACCAUUACAUUUCUUUUGAUUUUAAUUUGAAAGGUAUAUCAUUGGAGCAGAAAUAUUGUUUCAGGUUUUCUGCUGAAAAAAAUCUACCUCAAUUUUACCUAAUGAUAAACCCCAGUAUUUAACAGGAUUUGACUCCAUUACCUAAUAGUUGAUACUUCCUUACAGAGAUGUGUUGUUAUGAUUAAAAAAAUGUUUGUUGGUGUUGUUCUGCUGUGAUGUAGGGGUUGCAAGGACGUUGCCAUGAGAGUGUUUGACUAAAGAUCUGUUUACAUGAGCAAGUGAGAUUCUGAAAUGGGGCCAUAUACACAGUGCCUUUGAGCUGAAGUUGUCUUGAUUAUAUUGUUAAUAUAAAAUAAGAUAUCCAGUCAAGUUAUUGGAAGGUUUUGAAUUCAUAAUUUCAAUCCAUGAAAUGUUAAAUGACUUUACACAGCUGCUACAUUUACACUGUGCAUUUACAUGAAGCUGUUGAGGGAAAUUUGUAGAGCUGGUUUGAUUAGAGAAACAAAGCAAUGCUUUGGAUUGAAUGAGAUGCCUGUUGAAGUUUUGUGCCUCAUUGAUGUUCUUAUUGAGCUUGUCCAUAAUGUUAAUUUUGAAAGAUAUCCAAACUCUGCGCUAUAGGCAGAGUGAAUGUAUUCCCAUUGAAUCUGAAGCUGAAAAGCUAUGAGUACAUCCAGUUUCAUUGACUAUCUGUUGGGAGGCACAGCAGACUAAUUGAAGCAGGCCAGGGUUAACUGAAAUGAUUACCUAGAUGCUUCCUGUUCUAGAAACUGGAAAAUACAAUGCAGAUGCAGAAAUUAGGGAAAACAUGCCUCCUGCGUUGACCCCUAUCACAGCCUUGUGCUGCGCCGGUUGAGUUCUGAUUUCAUGCAUUCUAACAGAUGCUUCGGCAACUAUGUGACUGGUCCAUUUCAAACAAGAUUUGUAUCCAGUGGGAUGGUGCUUGAGCAUUCUGGUUUGCUGCGUUCACUUUUU